UGAUGGAGUGGUUUUUUCCUGUUAUCUAUGCGUUUAGACGUGUUGUUAUCACUUGUCAACCGAUGCCGAGUUCUGUCGUUUCGUUUUUUCCAGUGUGUAAAAAGUAAAAAUAUUCUGUACAAUGUCCACGACUCGUAAAUUUGUGUGUUCCUGGUCUGAUUGUGGAAGCUUGUUCACUCGUAAAGACGCUUUAAGUCGUCAUAUCAAAACUGUUCAUAAAAAUCAACGAGAUUACGUGUGUGACCGACCCAAAUGUGGACACACAUAUACCACUUCCUAUCACCUGAAACGGCAUAUCCUUUGUGCACAUCAGAAGGAACGUAGUUUCAUUUGCGAUCAGUGUCAUAAAGCUUUUGCUGUAUCUCAAGCCUUACGUAGACACGAACGAGAAGUUCAUGGAACAAAGAUAAUAACUUCGGAUAAUACUACACGUAUAGAAAAACUUUCGUAUGAAUGUGCGGAAUGCGGAUUUAAUUUUGUCCGAAAAGCAAAUUUGGUGAAACAUUUAGCUGAUAUACACGGGAACAAUGAACGUUUUGAAUGUCACACUUGCGGAUGUAAAUAUUCUAAAAAGCAAACUCUCAUCAAACAUAUUAUUGAAACACAUCAAGACCCAGUUCGAUGCACGUCCAAGAAGAAGAGCUGGUUAUACUGUAUUAUUUGCAAUAAGUUGUUUCAACACCGCCCUCAAAUAGAAAAACAUUAUCAAGAAUUUCAUCGAAUCAAUUUCGAAACUGAGAAGCAUACAUUUUCGUGUAAGGAAGAUUUCCUAAGUUGGAAACAAAAUGUUGAAAACUGCACAACAACUAGAUUCCAUUUAAUGAGAAAAUCCAAGUGGAAAUUGGUAUACGUAUGUCACAGAUCGGGCCGCAAGAUAAUUAAGUCGUCUAAUCGAAAAAGAGCGUAUAUCGUACGAGGCUCGAAGAAAUUGGAUGGUGUAUGCCCGGCGUCUAUUACGCUACAUCUGAACAGAAAAUAUUCUUCCUGCGUUGCAACUUUCUUGAAAACUCACGUGGGUCAUCAGUCAAAUGAUGAGACCGAAUUGAAGUAUUGUUUUCUUCGUCCGGAAGAACGCGAGAAAUUGGCUGGAAUGCUCGUAUCUGGCAUUCCGAAGCGUGAAAUUCUAAACGAUCAAUUGAGAGACAGCACAAAUCUCCCGCAUGAUUUCAACCCUACAAAUGUUGCGAAAACACGUUUACUUACUAAUAAAGAUUUAUGCAACGUGGAAACCACUUUUAAUGUAAAAACGAACCGAACGAACGAGAAUUCUAUAAGACUGUAUAACAAAGACUCUGAAAAUGUGGAAGAAUUUGUGAAAGAAGACCAUUGCGUGGAAAUGUAUACAGUUCGUAUAAAACCUCAGACUUGUCCAGCAGAAGAAGACCCUGAUAUCGGCGCUUGUUACCUUAUAUGCGACGAGGACGGUGAUAAUGCUCACAGAUAUUCGUGCUCGUGUAGCGAAAAUGCCACUAAAAGUCACAUGUGUGAGCACAUACACACUGUGCUUAGUAAUGUUCAAGUACAGGAACCUGCGCUCUGUGAACCAUUGUCAAUUUUAAAUGAAAUUGAACCACCGCCGCGUUCAACUGAAGACGUACAGGAUUAUAAUUCUCUCGUAGAAUCGGCGGCAUGCGAAGAAGUUGAACGCUUAAGAAGUAAAAUUCAGAUGUGGUGUCAACGAACUCUGGAAAUGUCAAAAUCAUACAAUCUUCAAGAACUAAGGAUUAUAGAUCGCUACACACGAAACCUCGAUGCAGCUCUUCGUCGCCUCCGUCAGAAGAAGUACCACCUUGCCACACCUAACUCGUGUUACGUUUCUAAUAAAUAAUUAACAAAAAGGA